AUGAACCAAGACGCUUGGUCCUUGGCCCUCGGCGAUGACAGCGACAAUUCGUCCAGUAAAUCAAGCCGCGUCUCCACCAGAUCAACGGAUAGCUCCAAUGAGUCUAGCUGUGAGAGCUCCAUCGACACUCCGCUGUUCAAUGACAAGAGGGAUAGCCGCUCGGGACUGGGCAGCAGCUACGAAAUUAUCACCAGGACCAACCUAAAUGCGUUUGUGCAGAAAAUCGACUUGUGUAUUUCGUUGGAUGAUCAGGCCUACGAUAUAUUAGCCAAGAUUGCGGAUGCCUUCGUUAACGACGUCGCACUGCGGAUUGUUAAGUUGGCCAAGUACCGAAGGGAACGCGUAGGCCUUUUUGACCUGAAAUUUAUUCUUAAAUGCGAGUAUAAUAUGGAGUUUGCUAAUGAUAUAUUUUAA